GAAUCGAUAAAGGCCAAAAUGUAGACAACAAUUAUUUUGACUGAUAUUAAUUAAAAAAGAAGAAAUGACAAAAAUCCUUGUACUACAUAAUUUUAUAGUAAAGAAUCUCGAAUAUUCAUGUUUUCGCAUAAUUCAAUUUAAAAAAAACAUGUUUGAAACAUUCUAUUACACAAAAUGAAUGCAGAAAUUGAAGAAAAUAUUCGGAAAAAAGUUCCUUGGUCCCAACUUCCAUCACAUAUCAAACAGAUAUUAAGCAAUUCUUCCAAAGAAUAUGAUAGAUGUGUGGUAAAUUUCAGUAUUAAAAAUCAACUGCGUUAUCGCGGAAAUUUAGUGCGACAUGUUUUUAAAGAUGAAAAAAGAUACUACGAGAGGAUUGUUACUUACAGUAGGGAACGUCUCAUGUUAUUUCCAUAUCAUUUGGCUGAUAUGAUAGUCAAAGGAUUGAGAAUUACUCCUUUCAAUUAUUAUAUAUCUGUUGUUGAACGGCUGAUGCAGGCUGAAAAAAGUUAUGAUACAUUACCAAAUUUCACUGCUGCAGACUGUUUGAGGCUAUUAGGUAUAGGUAGAAAUGAGUACAUCGAUCUUAUGAAUAAAAGUAGGUCAAAUAAAGGUAGAUUAUUCGGAAGAAAAAAUGUGAGGGUACUUUUACCAAUGGUACCAUGUGAUAUUUACAUACAACCGUGGUGGAGAGUUGAAGUCGGAUUGGUACUAGAAGAAGAUAUCAAAAUGGUGAAUGAAGAAGAAUUACAUACAAUAGAUAAACUAAUUGAUUUAGGGUCGCAAAAUGCGGGAGAUUUGCCAUUUUCAAUAGUUAUGAGUUUGUAUAAGAAAGGUCUAAUUUACUUAGAUGUGCCAAUAACUGCUGCCGAUAUGGUACAAGUACCUCCUUUACAAGGUUUUGUGAUGAAUAGAAUUCUUGGAGAUUAUUUCGAAACACUUCUUUAUAAAAUAUUUGUAUCAAUCGAUGAACAUACAACAGUUGGAGAGCUGGCAGGUGUAUUACAAGUUGAUACAGAAUUAGUUAAGCAGGCUGUCUCUUUAUACUGUCGACUAAAAUUUGCACAUAAAUUGAACGUUGAUCCAGAAAAGGAAAGAAUCCGAUGGCAUCCGUCAUGGUCUAAUAUUCCAAAUCAAGAUUCUAAAAACAUGGAUAUAACUCCUCUUACACUGAAUCUAAACAAAGUUUCCCCACUAAAUACAUCUUCCGACAUUCAAUCGCCGCAAUCAGAUCUUCCAGAAAGUCCUGCGAAUAGUAGUUUACCAAGAAAGGGACAGAGGGUAGCAUUUUUGUUUGAUUCCACCCUAACGGCCUAUCUUAUGAUGGGAAAUCUUUCGCCAGGAUUAAAAAAACAUGCCGUGACUAUGUUCGAGGUUGGUAAAUUGUGUGAUGAAAGUUUGGAUAGUUUCUUGGCUGAACUUGAGAAGGUUUCUGUUCUUGAUGCUGAUGGAGAAGGUGAAGCAAGAAGAUUUUUUGAUCAUGCCGUCAUAUUACGUUCUACUGUCAUGGCUUUGAGAAAGCUACCUAGUCCAGGUUUAGAUUUGGUUAGGUUGGAAAGUUUACAUUCCUUAGAUGAAGCUACAUGUUUAAGACUGUUACAGAAAAAAUAUAAGUUAUUGGUAUCAAUGGCACCACUAAGUAGAGAAGUUAGGCCUAUAACUAGCCUUAUGCCACCACAUUUGGGACCAGCGGUACCUGAAGUUAAUACGCUUUGGUUCAAACUAUUUUUGUACCAUUUGACUGGAUAUGGACCUCCAUCAUUACUUCUCACAAAAGGAACAAUUUUAAAUCAACUUCCCCGCAUGUUCCUCGGUUUUAGCAGACUUUUGAUACAUUCGUGGCUUCAUGAACCCGCCGUCAUUCCAGUGGCAAAUAUUCUCUAUGUGAACGCCACCCUUCAGUUCAGUCCGGUUCUAAUUCAAGCGUAUGGAGUUCAUCAACCCGCCCAAACUUACAUAAUUCCAUUCCCGUUCAAACCGUUAACUCCAACUAAGGAUAAUGAUAAAAAAAUCAAGGAGCAACCUACUGAUUUAGCAUUAAGGAAUCACAGAGCUGUCAAAUUCUUGCAAGAAAUGGUCAAUCUGGAACAUAAUUGCGGGUAUUUAACGUUUGCUAAUAUUGGAGUAAUGGAUUUUGGAUGUCCUAAUAGAGAAAUGCAAGUUAGGUUAGGGAGGAGCAGCAGAAGUGCCGGAUCUGGAUUCUCUAAAGCUUCACGACUAAAAAUGGAAAAUAACAAUCAGCCAUUAUCAAUAUCUAACGAAAAUUUUGCCUUCAGCUCGGAAAAAACUCCAGAAAAAUUAAAAGAAAACGAAUCUAAACUCCAAUCUCCAGUGGAAAGUCAUUUUGCAGUCACUCCAGCUUCGAACGCAAGUCGAUCAUCUUCGCCAGCAAAUGGUUUUACAAGCCAGGAAGGAUCUAAUCUGUUGCAGGAAGAAUUAGAUCAAUUGGCUGUUAAUGAAAAAAUUAGAGAUAAAGGGAAUAUAUCCUUAGAAGUGGCCUUAAAAAAUAGCCUCUCCAUUGAUGGUUUGACUAGUCCUACUGAUGAGAACAUCAACAUGUUUUCUCUAGACCAUAAAGUUGAUGUAAAAAUCGAAGAAAAAUCUGAUGAAAACACAACUAAAAAAGAAAUUGUGGAAGAACAGAAUCCUUCAGAAGAUUGGACCUUACUUGAUUGCCAUUUUGGAGUACCCCUGUUCGAUGUCAAUGCCAACACAAAAAUCUGUGAUACCAUAGUGUAUGGGGGUCUAGCUGAACCUUCCAGCCUGGAAAAUUUAGUUGCAUCAAGUCGAAAACUAGGAUCUGCUUUAUUGGAUUUUAUCUCUCAGUGUCAAUAUUACCCUGGAGAAAAUAUGGAAAUUUUAAAACGUGGUCGUCUUGUACCUCUACCCAGACACAAUCUAGUUUUCGACAAUGGUAGAGUCAGCGAAUGGCCGGGGAAAUGAAAAACAACUCGGAAUUAAUAAUGGAACGCAAUACGUAGUUUAUAAGGUGAAUAUGUUAUUGAUGUCUCGUAAAACAUUGUAAAUAAGCUAUAAUUAUAUUGUAUCCUUAUUUUGAAAUCAAAAAUCUUUUCACUAAUGUCAUAUUGUUAAGUUAUACUGUACAUACAUCACAAAAAAAGUGGUACGGUGUAUGCCAAUAUUUUUCUAUUACUAAUUUCUUAAUGUUAAAAUAUGAAUUAAAUGUAAUCAAAUUUUUGGCACACACAGUACUAUAUUAUGUACUAUAAUUAAAACAUUCCCUUACGUCAUUUAGUGUACCUCAAAUAUAAGAAUAUUUUUAUAGGCUUACUUGAUGGUCCAUUUCGAUUCUACAAAAGAAUGUUUUGUAAUUCAAAUUUUGUUUUAAUCUCAUGAGUAAGUUGGAAUUUUUGGAACCGUUAGUGAUAUUCAUACUGAAUACACUGUUUACACCAACACUCACGAUUACACCGUUUGACAAGCGUUUCUAUAAGUAAGUUAUCAUCUUCAAGGACUGAAGGUAAACUGAGUUUAUGAUAACUUGGCUAGACAGUGUAAUUGUGAGUGUUGAUGUGGUGGUAGUGUAAACAGUGUGUUCAGUUUUAAUCUCAUGAGUAAGUUGGAAUGUUUGGAACCGUGGGUGAUAUUUAUACUGAAUACACUGUUUACACCAUCACUACACCAACACUCAUAAUUACACUGUUAGCGGUGCGUUUCGAUAACCAAGUUAUCGUCUUCAGAGACUGAAGUUAAACUGAGUUUAUGAUAACUUGGUUAGACAGUGUAAUUGUGAGUGUUGGUGUGGUGGUAGUGUACACAGUGUGUUCAGUAUUAAUAUCAUGAGAAAAAAUUAUUGUUUCGUAUUCUGUUCUAUUUCUAAUUUUAACCUUUGUACUUUCCUUUCAUUUAUUUUCUAAGAUUAAACGCCAGUAUUUUAUAGAAACUUAUCUAACAAGAAAUCAUCACUAAGAAUUUUUUUGUUUAUUUUUAAGUCCUCAGAGUAUGAAAAGAAUUAAGGGGUAACACCGCUGUAGAGCCCGGUUUUCUGAAUUUUUUUUAAACUUUAUAUCAGAUGCGAAAUCUAAUUAGAUGACUUCAUUAUACAUGUUUUGAAGUAAUUAAAUUAAUUUUUGCAGAGCGUUAAGAAACAAAAUAGCGUCAAUACAGAACUAUAAGCAUAAGGGGAAUUUCCCACAACCAUCAACUUUUCAACGUAGCUAAUUUCCAAUUUAUAAUGGGGGUCGUAGUGUUUAAACAAGUUUGAAGACGGGAUAACAUUCGUAAGGCAACGGUCAAACUGACGCUACACUAUUACACUAACACAAAGACAGGUCUUAACUCAGAGAAAACUUUUUUUUUUCGAAAAAUCAUUUGAGGACGUCAUUUCAAACAUAAUUCCCUACCAUUUUAACUGAAAUAAGUUAGAUUUUUUUAAUUUUUUUUUUCAGUAGUGUUAUCCCUUAACAAUAAUGUUGUGUGUUGUGGCAAAUGCAGUGUACCACAUUUGAAUUCGUCACUAGAACUUUAGAGUAGAGUAAGGUCUUCAAAAUGUCAUAUUAGUCUUUUAUUUUAUAUUAUAUAAUCGCCAGGUUGAAAUGUGUCAAAGGAUUUUAGUUGUUCUGCCUAAGUUUUGUCCUUCGGAAACAAAACGGAACUCAAUUUCACUAACAAUCAAUUUUGACAGUAAUACCUGAAGACCUUAUUCGCCGGUAAUGCGAACGGGUGCAUUUGAACUACUAGUCUAUGGAAAAUGUCUAAGAUGAAAGAUGAUCAUUCCGAUGUCCAUGUACAAACCGGAAAUGUUUAAUAAAAGAAUAUUUUCAUGGAAUUUUUUAAUAAUAGUUAUUUUUUCCAAUAUUUUAAGCUUAUGAUCUCUUUAUUUUUAAAAUAGUUAUCUUUCUCUUAGUUCUAGAAAAAAGUCUGAUGAUGAUUAACGUAAUAAUGUUGUACUUAAACUUAUGAAACAUAUAUUUUAAACUGUGCACAAAAUGAACGCGAACAUUACGCUGGUUCGCUAAUAAACAUAACCUUAAAAGAGCAUGUACAUAAAGAAAUUUGAAUGGCGAUCAACGAUUUUGAUUUAUUUACAAUGUAUUAUAUACUUUACUGUAUGGAAUAUGUAGAGAAAUAUAUAUAGAGCGACAUUUGACACGGCGUCUCAAUAAGAAAAUUUGAUUUUCGAUUAUUUCAGGAAGUUAAUCACCAGUUCUUGUCACGGAAUUUUCAAAGGGGAAAAUGAUUCCCCAUAUUCUACCAAAUUUUAAUUUUCUUUAUUCCAGCCGACUUUUUAUUAUAUAAACACUCAGAGCAUCUACAAAUUCUAUCAGCUUUUCACUCAGAAAACUCAUUUUUCAGGGUGUUUUGCAACUACAAUAUAAAACAGGGUGUUUUGCAACUACAAUAUAAAAGUGAGGUUAUGUUUUUGAUUUCAGCGCGUAAAAAGUACUACAAGCACGAUAAUUGUGUGCGUUAUCACAAUUUCUACAACAAGUUGAGCUAUUUUUGACAUUUAUGUACGUCUGGAGCGCGUCAUGCUCGCGUACAUUCUAAAGUUGGCACAUCGUAAAAGCCUGUCAUAAUUUUUUUUUUCUAUAAACCUACAACAUAAACAAAAAUCAUUAAUCAGUAAUUUCUUUGUGUCACAAAAGAGAGAGAGAGAGAGAUAUAUAUAUAAUUGACCGUAGACUGUAAAAUCUUGUAGGACAUUUAGAAUUCUUAUUUGUUAAUAAAAUUUACACAUUUUAUGUAACUUUGAAAUAAUUUUCAAGUUUAUUAAACUAAUAUUUCUUUUAUCAUUUUUAGAAUUUAUUACUAUUAUGUUCUUAUAAAUUAAUGUCAACUUAAUUUUUCAGUAUUAUAAGAAUCAUUCCGAUUGUUUAUAUAAAUAAAUUUUAUUUAUUAUU